AUGGGUCGUCGUCGUCCGUACACCACCGUCGAAUACAUUGAUACCACGACGAAGAAGCCGCAUCUCAUGAAGAAGCUGGUCUACGAGGAUUGUGGAGCCAUCCUGCACAUCAUCGAGUACGAGAAAAUGCCGAAAGGUAACUUUAAUCCGGAAUCAGGGUCACGACUUUUCGAUUAGUGGGGCGAAGCGAAAAGCGCGAGGAGAAAGUGAAAUCGGACAGAUUUGUUCCCCCAUAACCGCGCUUUCCGUCGUUUUUUCCUCUCGUAGCCGCGAAAAGUUUCUUUCUGAUUCAUACUGGUAACGCCUUUCACUUUUACUGUCUAAAAAUCUUUAGCGGACUCUGUUAUGAAUAAUAAAUGGGGAUUGAUGCUGAAAUCUCAUUAUUUUUGCGAUUUUCAGUGUUCUUAGUGUUUUACUCGCAGCUUGGUCUGCUAGACUACGAACAACAUUUGGGCGCUGCUCUCGUGAAAAUUAGGCCUGCUCGACUACAAACUACAACUUUUAGGCGCUGCUCUCGCUGAAUCUGCGCAUGGAAGAAUGGGGAUUGGCUCCGCGCGUAUGUGAUGCUCAUAAUUAGAAUUCUUACUUGUAUACUUCAAGCACACUAGUACCUGUCACCUUCUUAUUUGCACUUUAUUACCAUCUUGGCUCUUUUCACCCCUCCGACGCCAUUCUAAUGUUAAACACGUGCGGCUCCCACUGAUAAUGGGCUCUUUAGGGGACAGCGAAGUCGGUGUCAUCUAAUUUUCUUUUUCGAUUUCAAAUGCUAUUUGAGCACACAAAUUAAUCCGUGUUUAUACGGUUUGAGGGGAGGAAUGGGGGCCGCGGCAUGAGGGCCGCAUGAGCAAGCGAUGUACUCACGAAUCAUUCGGCGGCCGCCUUUUCUCCUUCUUCAGAGUAGACACUGAUUAAGAGGCAGAUCCUUUGAUAAGAUAUGAUAAGGCCUCUUCUAAAAUCUUUUGAUGUUAUCCGACAACAUCCUCAAGGUCUCGAGCUUUGAAAUUUUCAGGGGAUUCCUUCCAAGUAUAGGUCAAGAUGCGCUAGAACAAGGUUGUCACCGACACGAAUCGAACCAUUUUCGUUAGGAUUACCUUUGUGCACCACGCAAGGUCAAAACUGCUGUGGCAACAAAUUUUCGAAAUUUUUAUACAUUUUUAGGCAGCGCCGUAGCACAAGUGGUAAACAACCGUAACGAGAAGCAACAACCUUGGUCUAAUUUGAAAAUUAGAAAAUUGGGGUUUGAGAAAGAGAUUCUACUGUAGUUAUUUUCUGUGGAAAUAUGUUCGCACCUAGAAAACUCAGAUUUUUUGAGAGCAGUGCCUGAAAAUUGAAGUCUAGGAGAGACUGAAAAGAGCCCACUUAGAAUUAGAAAGAAAAAUUACAGUCCCUAAAACUGCAACAUUGAGACUGUUCGCUACUUUGCAAAAACUGUUAUUUUGAUACAUUUUUGAACUUUACACAUUUGAAAAAUGAACUGGCACAGCAACAAAAAGUGUGAUGUGAUCUGCUCUUACAAAAAUACCAGUUUUUUCCACUGGACUGACCAUUCGAUGCUUCCUGUAGACAAACAAUCAAUUUACCUUUACCAAUGAAAUGGAACGGAUGCUGUUUUUUACACACGCACGCACGCGCGCUUCUUCUCUGUUGUGGUGGCUAGCAUUACACCCGCUGGUACCAGUGCACGUACCCCCUAAGUUAGAAGACCACCAACUACUUUGGUAAACACAAUAACAACAACUGCAAGUUUGUUUUGUUUAUAAAUAAAAAUAACCCAUCUCUCUUUUUUCAUCUUUUGGCAGGCAGUUUGUGUGCCAGAAGUAGGCCACCAGGACGCUAAAGGCUAUAGUCGAUUUUGUUUGGAGAAAUGAGUACAACCGUGAACUUUCUGCGCUUUUCAUCUCAUGAUGUUUUCAUUUAUCACAACUCCACCAUUUCUGAUCAUUGUUUGCUUACUCUUGCCGUUCGUUUCACAACAAAACUCAUAAAGGGCUCUUUUUUGAGAGCAGCGUCCAAGAUUAGUAGUUUGUUGUCUAGCGUACCCAACUUUUUGAGAGCAGCGCCCAAAUGUGCUUUUCAGACCUACAUCUAAUACGACUCCUGUUGUUUCUCUCCCGUUCCCUUUCCAAACACGAAUACAUCAUUUCCUGCCCAUCUUUUCCGCCUAGAGCCCCAAGUGGUACGGUACCACCAGGCACUGCUCCUUUUUUCGCCGUUUAAAAAACAAGAAGUCCCCUCUCUCCUCCCCCUCCCAGAAGAAAUGCGAAUGCCCCAAGGGAAUAGCUUCAUGCGGAAGAGGGUCCGGCCACGAAAACAUCGUUCCGCGGGUGUCCGAAUGUCCGAAAGAAACACAAUUUAUCAUUGUCUCCGUCGUCCCAUUCGCCGCUUUUUCUCUUUCGGUCACUCAGAAAGUGAGAGAUGUCUGUGUGACCUGUAUAUGUGCGCGGAAAACGAAGCGAAUCAAUUAAACACAUGUUUGUGUGUCGGUCACUGACCGUUUGUCUCUAUGUCCGAGUGCGAAAAGAGUUGACAAGCUGGGUGGCGGCCGUAAAUUUUGAGAAACGCCGAAAGGGAGCGGAGAAGCGCACAGAUAGCAACAGUUGGAGCCGAUUGUACACACGGAAAGAGGUCAAUGAACUUUUUGAAAUUACCUUUCAUCUAGGUUCCUUCAUCUUUUCCUAUGCGACAAGAUUUGAAAGUCAAAUUUGAAGCAGGAGAUUGAGAAUCUAUGUUGAAGUGCCACGUCUUUCAGCUAGAUAUUCUGACCCUCCACACCAUCCUUUUUUUUGACAAAUGACCUCUCCUUUUUCCCAGGCCUUAACAUCGUCUGUUAGUACGUAAAAAUGUGUGUUCCUGACACCAAAAACACCAAAAACUGGUGAGAGAUGAGAGAAAUGCAACUUUUUCUCUCGGUUUUUCCACUCCAUCUCCUCCCCCUCGGAUUGCACUUUUUACAUCGGGAUUAAAAGGAGAGAAAAAGCAAAGGUUUCACCCUUGUUUCUUGAGAAGAUUUUAGGGAUUAUACGGGGACUAGGUUCUAAACAAACUAGGAUUUAUCUAGAAUGUCUUACAGAUUAGAAGUCAUUUGCUAAUUCGAGACGUUUGUUUUGUCAGAGAUCCUCUCGAAAUCCUCCUUAUAUUCAAUUAUUUCGUACCAUUCUGUCACCUCGUAAUAACGGGAAGAUUUCUCAAGAUUUUCAGCCUGUUUGUGUAAAUAACAACAAUAUUUCUAGUCUUCUCCUGAAGGAGUAAACAUCUUAGUGGAUAGUAUACGAGGUACCUGGCACCGCGAUUUGUUUUUCUGUCGUCGCAUUUUUUUUUCUGGUCAUACUGUAGAUUUAUUUCUCUCAAAACGUGGUAUUUUACUAUGUUAAACCCUAAUUUCUCUACUUUUAAUGUCUAGGCUUCUGACUUUUCCUUUAUAAAAUUGAUAAUUGAAGUCCUAGACUACAACUUUCAAAUCAGCUAAUCCAAAUUUGAAGCUGACAGAGCCGAACAUUCAAAUUUUAAUGCAAAUGUUCCCAGUCUGUUGACCUCUUUACAAAACAGAUGAAUCCUUUAGGAAAGUGCAAAAUUGGCUUCACUCUUGGAGCCAGGGAGUACCAGUGCCAUUCCACGUCAUGGAACCCCGUCCCAUGCAUCUUCUUCUUCUUCCCCUUUUUUUCGCCUUUGCUCCUCCUCCUCUUCCUCCUCCUGGCGCCGGUUCAGAGCUCGUGGUGGUGGUGUCACGCCUUUCCUCCUCAGCCAAGAAUACAAAUGCGCGCAUUUUCGACCUCACUUUGUCCUCUUCUCUUUCCGCGCCGCGCCGCGUCCACUCUGCGUCUCGUUUUCCGCGCCGCCUCGUGCCGCCUGAGGUACCAAGCGCCGUCGCCGCAACAGAGAGACGCAGAGAGGAAGAGACAGCGGGGGACGCUGAGACGACGGACGAGUCGUGCCUGACCCAUUCGCCUCUUCGUGAAUGCAGCCGUGUCGUGCCUAGCACCGCCGCGUCUCUCUCGCCAGUCCGCUCGUCUCUCUGACGCUCUCGUGUCCGAGUGCACUGUCUCGGCGGCGCCGUCUGACUGGUCACUCUGUCUCUGUGUCUCGCACCCCUCCCCCUAUCUCGGUCCCCCCCUCAGCUACUACUCCUCCCUCCCCCUCCGAUCGUUCGUUCGUGUGUCGUCUGGGCCCAGCUUGUCACUUCUUCAGUAGUCUAUCCCAUUCUUCCUCAAAAGUACCAAGUCAUGGGGCUCCUAGGGAGAGCUCUGAAGGGUCCUGAGUGUUAAGGAGCCUUUCAGGAUUACGGUAGCAGUGGUAGUACCUCACAGACUAGACCACCUAUCCUUGCAAAGUCAACAUUUGAUUGUUCACUUCACUCUUUCCUCCUCCCUUUUAAAUUUUGUAGUGGUCUCCCAGUUUUCUAUUUGGUCAAGAGUCCUUCCGAUUUUCUCUUUCCUUCUCUCUUUCUCUCUCUUUCUCUCUAUUUCAAUCGCCGUGUUCGCAAACGGUGCGACAGUUUAUUUUUAGUACUCUCCUCGACUAUUUUCAUCCACAUCUGUCUAUUUCAACAUUAUAUUACUCGUACUAUUGUCCGUUCCAGAAUCAUUCCCCCCAUCUCUUUUGUACCGGAAAAUCGGUUUUUCUGUUUUUCUCAUCUGACACUUUUUUCACUUAUCAGUAAAAAAAACCGGAGAAGAGGUGACGGAAAAGGUAAAGAAGACGAGACAAACCGAAAGAGAGAGAGGGAGAGAGGAAGAGAUUGUGAAUGAAAAAUGGAAGAGUGAAGGACGGACGGUACAGACUGGUUGUCUCUCACUUUGGCAGGCAAGAAGGAGUGUGACUAGGCCCAUGCCACAACAUUUCUACAUUUUUUGAAUAUCUCGAAAUUAUUCAUUUUGUUUUUCAUGAUUUAACAUAUUGUAUUACUCGCAAAACAAAUUUUAGCGUUUUUUUCAGCCAGAUUCCACGAUAUUUCGCCUAAUGCGAGACCCUAACUAUCUGAGAGCAGGCCCCAACUUUUGUAGUCUGUAGCCUAAAAAGUUUUGCGAGAGCAGCGCCCAAUUUUAAAAGCCUUGCAGGCCUAAACUUAGCUUUCGACGCAAAGUACGAUCUUGAAAUAAAUCUAGUCUUGUCACGAACCUAGAUCAUCUCGCACUAUUCACUCAUCCACCCAUCCAUUCUGCAGCUUCAUCCUUUUCCUCUCACUUUCUACCGUACUCCCCCCGAAUCCAGAAGCAACGAGAUCCCGUCUCUUCUCCUUCUUCUUCUUCUCCUUCUUCUUCUUCCCCUUCUUCUUCCCGAGACCGGCACCACCACAACGUCCCGCCAGUCGUUGUCGUCCGCGUCCAGCAAUAUCCACUGGGCGCCCGUCCGUCCGCGAGAAGAGAAGACACGAACUGCUGCGCCCGCCGCGCGGAGAGAACCCACCGCUCGUUUCCUUCGUUUCCUUCUCCAUCUCAAAAGCGAGUCCUCCCUGCUUUCCUUUCCUUUUCUCCUUUGUCUGUACACGCGCACUCCCGUUUUGCGCUUCUCCUCCCACUUGUCCCUUCACCCGUAUCUUGACGGACUGUAGAAGGAACAGGAGAAAAGCACUUUGGGAAGGCGAAACAUCUCGACUGUGUCUACCGUAAUCCUUGGACUGAUGUAAACCUUGUACCUAGCUCUACAGUAAUCAUAUACCUUUCUUCUAGAACAGAACCUUUUUUCUAUCAUUGUCGCAAUAAAGCGCCUUUUUCUACAGUAAAAUUUCUUUCAGAACGUGGCACCAUCAGCCGAAUGGAGCCAGCAGGGCACUCAAGCGCAACACAUAACAUCGUUGUGCCCAACGCCAAUCCUCCGCAGGUAAACUUUUUUCAAAGUACGCAAAAUUAUAGUAACCCUAUUCCAGCCACCAGCAGCUAUGCGCGAGGAAGGUGCCACGUUGUCACCCCCGAACACAUGGUCUUCUUCCUCGGUCGAGUUCCUGGACGAUGACAACGACAACCGUCUUCUGUUCACGUGCACGUUCACCCUUCCGCACGGAAACGUCCUCUCGUCGGCCACCUACGCCGACGGCUUCACCGACCAAUAUCUGCCGAUCGGAGCCAACUUUUUGACGCGUCUCGAGCCGAAAGGACAGUCUUUCAUCUUGUCGGCGGCGGCGGCGUCGGUGAAACAACGCAUUUUCGCGCGAGUUUCCAUGUAAGUUUUGAGGGAGGUAAUCGGACAAGAGAGAGAGAGAGAGAGAGAGAGGGAGCGGACGGAACGAGACGGAGAAGCCGAAAGUGAAGAGAGAGAUGGGGAGAAAUAGACGACAUAGGAGCGGGAGCGAGAGAGAAAGAAAGCGAGGUGGUACACGCUUGCACCAACAACAACAGCCGCGGCGAGAGAGGGGUGUAAACAGCUGGAAGUAAAGGGAAACCGGAGAGAACGAUUGAUGGCUGGGGGCCACUAAUCACUAGAAACACGUACUAUUGGCUUUGGGUUCGAAAAACCUAAAAUGAGAGUUCGAAAAGAAAAAAAAGUUAAUCAGAGUUCUUGCUUUACAUUUUUGCGGUUUUUCCACACUUGUUCACCCACAAAUCCCAACGACACGGUAUUUUCCAUUAACCCAGAAAAAAGCUACACAAAUCACCGUCCGUUGCACCCUGGCGUGUCGCCCCGGAGACACCCGGAUCCACCAUACUGACCUCCCAUCGGAUCCGAAGAAAAGCGGGUCGUUUAUAUCCUUUCCCCUCCUCAUCCGUCUGUUGGUUGGUUGUCUUCUGUUGAAAAAGAAUACGGAGAAAGAAUUGGUCGUCGUUGUCGCAAAACCGAAUAGAAAGUGCGAAUCGAAAACGAAAUCGGUGCGCGCACGGGCGCCAGGCACCCGGCCUGGUACCGUCUUUUUAAAGGCAACACUCUUUUGUGGGGUCAUGAUCCAAGGUCGAAAAAAGAGGAAGGAAGGGAUUUGGCUGAAAAUCUAGACAGAGUACAAAAGUACAAGGUCCCAAGUUAGAAAUGUUGGAAGAAAAGGAGUGGAGAUUUGGUACAAAUGUGUAAAUUUUCAGGCCAGAUAACACCCUGCGAGCCUGUGAGCUGCUCUGCGAGUUCGAGCCGGACCGCGCCAAGAUCACCGUCCUGGCUCUUCGCUCAGCGUUCACUCCGUCCAUCCAGGGCUUCCACUCCUUUACAUUCAUCACCAAACACUCGUCAACUUGUGCUCUUACUCAUAUUGAUUACGCGUAAGUUUUUUGUCGACUACCGUGAUCCGCAAUUGUAUCCAUUUGCAGUUCGAUUCCAUACCUUGGUCUCCUCCCCACUGAUCUCAUUGGUAAAUCUCUGCUAGCGUUUGUCUAUGCGCCCGAUGUCCAUGUCGUUCGUCAGGCUCACAUCGACUGUAAGUACCAUAACCCAAAAGUGGUUCCUGGAUUCUUGGAACCUGAAUCUUGUUCUUGGAGAUCUCAUAUUCUUUUCGGAAUAGACGGAAACCCGUUCAUGCGCUCAAGUUUUUUUCCAAGAUUCUCGUGAUUCUUGAACGAGUUUCUUAUCUGAUAAGGAACGAGAUCCAAUCAAGACUAUAGGAUUCAGUCUUCCAAGAUUUCCCCAAAAAGUAACGGUGGAGGGAUCCUUGACUACUAACCCGUAACUUUUCAGUGCACUGCGCCGUGCUUUUGGACGAAUUCUCUGAAAUUUCAGUGAACAACUCUAAGGGCAAAGUCGUGAAGUCGAUUGCUGAUCUCCGUCUCGUCGCCCACAAUGGCGCCAUCCUCAGAUGCUCGACCGAAUGGAGUGCCUACGUGAAUCCGUGGACGCGCAAAAUCGAGCUAGUCGUGGCCCGGCACCGCAUCCUCUACCCGCCGAUCGGAGACACCGACGUGCUCUCGGCGCCGGCUCCCGGACACCAGAUGAACACUCUGCCGCCCGUUAUGGCCAAGACGUUCGAGGAUGAGCUCAGAAGCAUCAUGAACAAGGUGCGUUCAUUAUUUUUUUUGUCGUAAAAUUACUGUUUUCCACUAACUUCUCUGCUCUUUCCUUGGUUUCCAUCCAAUAAAGCGCUUAAAGGCUGGAUUCCAGUUCGUGUCGUAUUAACUCUACAGUAGUCGUGAACCAGGUUCAUUUCCGGGUCUCUAGGUGUCCGUUCUACCGUAAUGCUUGUCUUAUCCUUGAAAAAUGACACACGAAAUCUGCAAACGUUGUCGUUGUUUUUAUGUUGUCUCGAGGGUUAUCAGUUCUGUUUCAAAAGUGACCUUUUUACUUGUACUACCCAUUCUCCGUAUCUUUUCUCUUAUCAGUUCCCUACCAAUUGCCCCGGUGCCAGUCACCGUAUCUCUUCUUUUCCUUUUCCUCACCUCCGCGUUGUUUUCGCGUCAUCAUCAACAUAUGCAUACCCUUUCCUUUUUCCUCCUCCACUCAUGGCUGGCACCCGAUGGCAUUCCUCAUUCGAAAAGCGAGAGAAAUAGACGAAAAAGCGCGGUAGGACGUGAAUGGAAGGACGCACGCACUUUUUUAAGUGUCGCGUCGAGAAGACGGCGCUUGGCACAAAGGGCGGAGCUCUGCCGGGGGAAGACCCUGGAGCACAGCCUGACACCGCCAACGGAGUCAAUGAGCCAGCGGGGGCUCUCUGAAAAUGAAAUGAAAGUGCAAAAGUGACGAGGAGCCGCCGGAGAAUGUUGUGACAGGUACUCCAGGGGAAAAGGGGGAUGGCACGGGGAUUGGGAGAGCUUAAAAGUUCAGAUGAACUCAUCGGAAUUUUAUUGAAGAGGAAGAGGGAUCGGCGCGGAUUAUGAGGGAGACUUUGACAUUGGGGACAUGUUAAUUAGUGAAAGGGCAGUUGUUGUUUAUUAUUGCUCCCAGACAUGGUUAAGCUCAGCAGGGAUCAAACAUUAAAAAGAGCAGACCUAGGUUUAGCGAGAGCAGCGCCCAAGUUUGAUAUGAUAGACCCAUUCUAUUGAUUAGCGCAUUCGCUUAACAAUCCAAAUAGUCCCCCACCUUUGUUUCUGAUCGCUUCUCUUUUAUUUCAAUUCCGAUUCUGUUUACCACGACCAAACUUCAGUUGUGACGAGGUGUUCUCUCAAUGAUAUAACCUUGCCACUGUCAUUUUCAGUUACUGAUAAAUGAUAACCUCAAUCGGAACGAGCCCUUUCCAUGCACUUUAGCCCUCGGCGGCGACUUUGAAACCCCUGCAAAUGCAUCGAGAGAAACACGAAACUUUUUGACGUAAUUGUCUCCGUCCGGCUGCGGCUGCGGCUGCGGCGGCGGUGGUGGCUGGGGCCGGCACGGCGCCGUGCCGGGAUGAGAGUGCAUCUCGACGGAAGAGUGCAAGAUCGGGCACGAAAAAGGACACGAAACCCCUCCGGUUUCAUCUCUUUUGCCCCUUUCCACUCUGUUCUCUCGCCCUCGCUGACUCUCGUUUCUCUGCCGCCUCUCUCCCGAAAGAGUGCCAGCCGCGGCGGCGGGAAAAAGGGCAAGCGCCCAGCCGCGGCCUGUCCGCGACUGGCGCCCCCGCUGUCCCUGCGUCUUGCGCGCUGACACGGCUCUUCCCGAGUGACCACCGACUGACGCGGCCACUGGUCACUGCGUUGCGUAGGCUCCUUCUCCGCCUCCCCCUUCUCCACUUUCCGCGGCGUCUCAUUUGAAACCUAAAUCACCUGCGGAAAGGAGAAUUCCACCUGGUACUCCUGCAUCGGGCUCCCUGAGCCCUAGGGCCAAAAGCCUUAGGGUUUAGGCCUGAGGCUCAGGGAGCACUCGACAGUCGCCCGACUAGUAUUCCCAUUCUCACCACUAUCUAUCUAUUGAGAACAGAACAAGACUGAACGAGUUCCUACUGUAUGUAUAUUUCUACAAAAAUCUCACCCGCCCACUUAUUUUACUCCUAACAACUACCGUAACCCAUCACAAAGUCUGCUGCAUUCUAAACACGUAUUACCUACUACCUCACUAAUCAGAACGAGCUCAUUCUUCAACUACAAUCACUUAAAUGGAAGAAGAUGAUACAGGAUAAGUCUUUCUGCAAACUUUUAAUACCUUUUUUCAACUGAAAUCCCCUCCAAUCCUAGAUGUUCUUAUCCGCGUUAGAUUCAAGGAUUUUCCAUGUUUUCAACAAGUUACUGUAUAUUCUGACGUUUUGUUUAGAAUUGUUUAGAGUCUGCUCUUUCCGCUGCUAGAUUCCGCGUUUCAAUCUUCUCAAAAAUCGGUUAGCACACCUAUAGUAAUCCCUCUCGCACCAUUUGAAGGCUCUCGGUGCCAUCAUUUCACUUCCCCGUCCACUUUCGGAAAAUUGCGUCACAAACUCAAACAAAUGGGCUGCUCGCCUUGCGCGAACUGUACAAAAGUGCUCACACAAACAAAGUGUUCUCGCCCGAUCAGUAAAGAGAUGCACACAAUUUGCUUCCUCAUUUGUGCUCCUCCCUCGAUCGCCUUUUCGACCCCCCCCCCCCUUUUAUCACAAUAAUAGUACACAAAGACGCAGACGGGUCGCGUGUCUCCCGCGCGUGUGGGCAGCAGUGCCAGUCUUCCCUUUGCUUGCUGCGUCUCCGCGAGACUCCCCACUCUCUCUCUCUCCGUUCUCUUUUUGUCGCUACGUCUGCGGCCUCCGCCGCCGGCGAGAGGCCUCACCCGCUGGUGCCUGGGUUCCCGUACCUGUCUCUGCGGCCCCGAGAGACUGUCCCUGUCCCGCCCCCCACUGCUAUUCUCAUUCUUAGUUCGUCUUCUUGCCAACCCCAACCAAAUACCAGUCAUCUCUGACCACUCACACUGCCAAACACUAUGGAUAUUCUUAACUAUUUGUAUGAACUUGCCGAAGUUGAAGUAUGUUCUUCGUUUGCAAAAGUUUCAAGAUUCUAGAUUAUGUUUUUUUAUGUCCUAACCUAGAACCCUUCCCCCCCCUUCUUUUUUCUAUUGGAAAUCUAAUCAGUUCAUUUUUAGCCAGUGCCAUCCACCUCCCGUCAUCACCACCUCAAAGAGCAGCAUGCGCUGACACAGCUCGCCGGCUUCCCCGGAACCACCGACUUGGGCGUCUACAUCGACAAGCUCGUCGAGCAUCUCGUCGUCAACAGCACCGCCCAGCAGCAGCAGAAGGUACAGUAAUCCCAAUCCCCAUUCUUCAAAUAUCAUUCUCAUUUUCAGGCAGCCGCCGCCGCCGCCGCUGCAGCAGCUCAAGCCGCUCAAGCCGCCGUCGUCGCCACCGCGCAGAUCAGAAAAGUGGCGAGCGCGAGUGCUCCGCCGGCGCCAACGACGUCUUCCACGGAUCCGCCACUCAGCUACACUCAGAUCAACUGUCUCGAGAAUGUUCAUCGCCUUCUCAAGUCGCAGUCGAGACCUGAGAGCCCAGCGAAGCAGGAUGAGCCGUUCGAUGAGAAGUGAGUUCGGAUUUUGGAUUAUUUUUAAUGCGUAUAUCCUAGGCCUAGGAACAUUGACAAUUCUGAAAAAAAACUGAAGCAUUCUCAGCCCUCUUAGCUAGGUUUAGAAUCCAAUUUUACUUCUAGAAUCCCACCGGUUAGGACCUUUCAUAUCUUGUUUUGGACCACCAUGAGAGAGCAGUGCCACCCACUAGACCAAUUGAAUGAGCGGGUAAACAUAGUGUUGUCCUUCUUCCCCUCUGUUCACGACGGCACCACCAGCCACCCGACUGGCCGCCCGUUCCGUCCGUCCGUUGGUCAGUGUGUCAAAACAAACGCAUUAUCUCUAUCGGGCGGGACGUUCGUUCGUUCGGUCGGCACGAUCUUGUUUACCAAAACAACAUCUAGAGGAAUGCCUAGGGUGUCUUCUCCCCCACUCUCUUCCGGGUGGUACUGACUGGAACCUGUAGUAGUAGUAGUACCAGGAUUUCGCAACAAAUGACAAUUUUUGCAGGAAAUAUCCUCCGACGGCACCUCUGACCCGUGAAGCGUUGAUCCAGCAUACGAAGCGAUUCGAAGAAGAGUACAAGGACACGUGGUGCAGGUAAGAAGAAGAAGAAGAAAAAGAAGAAGAAGCCUCUCUGACCUUCGGCUGAUGGCAGAACAAGACAAUGCUUGCAUUGUCCUGUCUGAAAAUUGGUCAGCGUUCGAGACAGACAUGCAAAAACCUGUCCUCGGCUGCUGGCUGGAAGGACACAAAGCUUGUUAAACAAUAAGAAACAGUCGGUCCCCUCACGCGCGCGCCGCGCCACCGUCGGCGGCUAUUGUUUCGUAGUAAUUUUACACACUCUCACGCUCCCACGCACGAAGAACAAAAAGCAUGCGCCUCUUGAAAUAUACUACCCCGCUCGAGGCGCCAAUGUCACGAAAUUGCCGAAUUUGGCCGUUUGAUUCUACUACUACUACUACUCGCAACAAUUCUUUUUGCAACAAGAAAAAGCUAAUGUGUACGAUAGACAUACCUCAAAUACCGACACGGGGAAAAAGAAAGAACGAAAGAAUGACGCAAGGUUAAUUUUUAAAUUGCAGGCGUCUCAAGAGACUAUCCGAUGAUGUCCCGAGCUCUCCGCCCCCGCCGACGAAGCAAUCACGCCCGGUAGCUACUGCUCCAGUCCACUGGAAUAUGCACCAGAAGCAGGAGUUCUACAGAAAUCUGGCUCCAGCUCCGCCACCGCCACCAGGAAAAAACUAUCAGGUUGGUUUUUGGGCGCUGCUCUCGCGCGUUGGUCUGCUGGAUUGCAAACUACAAAGUUUGGACGUUGCUCUCAAAGAGUUUGGUCCUGAUUUGGCGCAUUUCACCUACAAAGCUAGAACUUCCAGCUAACUCUUCAUCAUUUCAGAUCACCUACACGCCACUGGAUGACCCAACCGAUCAGAAGUCGACCAGCAACACCAAAUCAGACGUCGAGAACCACGUUUCCGCGUACAUCUCGAUGCCACUCACCGCUUCCAAGUUCUCCACUCCGAUGCGGCUCUCCAUCGACGGCGGCUCGACAACGACGAGCACACCGCCAAUGGUGCAGCGCCUUCUGAUGAGCACGUCAACCGGCGGCGGCUCUCCGACUAGUGGCUCCAAUUCUCCGCCAGUCUUCCCCAAGACCUCCUCUUCGUCGUCUCUACUCAUGCUACGGGAUUCCCAAUGA